GUGUGCGUCUGCGGGGCUGCUUUACUGUCUGGCUGGGACGGAGGGCUUCCACGCUAAGCAGGCGACUACCGACAUUAAACCCAUAAAGAGGAGGUUUCAUCUGUCCAGGAUUUGGAAAUUAUUUUUAGUCGUAUUCAGCAUAACUAUCUAUCAAGUUGGAGCUCAGUGGACUUUAUUCUCUCGCUUCAGUGAGCCACUGCAGCAGCAACAGAGCAAGCAAGCACGCCGUCGUCGUCGCUGCUGCUGCUGCUGCUGCUGCUGCUGCUGCUGUGAGAGAAGAAAACAAGCUCGGUGAGCAGCCCGCUAAGCUGUGUGAUCAUUGACAGAGUUCAAUACACACAAGCUUCAAGUGAUAACUGGUGGGAGCUUUGUGCAGGGUACCCCUAGCCUUUUCAAGAACCGACAGCUGGGAAUAUUUUGUUGCUGAAGCCGAGGUAUUACAUUAUAUAGGAAUUUAUUUUUAUUUUUUUAAAUCUGAGCCACUGUCGGGCGACUUGACCCACAGGAACAGUUUGCACAAUUUCCACCAGCUUGUCUGCAGCCCACUCCUGACCCAGACAGUCUUCUGCCCCAGCAUGAAUGAAGUCAGUGUUGUGAGAGAGGGAUGGCUCCACAAGAGAGGUGAAUACAUUAAAACAUGGCGGCCUCGUUACUUCAUCUUAAAGAGCGAUGGCUCCUUCAUUGGCUACAAAGAGAAGCCUGAGGUGUCCAGCGACCACAGCCUCCCACCACUCAACAACUUCUCUGUUGCAGAAUGUCAGCUGAUGAAGACGGAGCGCCCCAGGCCCAACACAUUUGUCAUUCGUUGUCUGCAAUGGACCUCCGUUAUUGAGCGCACCUUUCACGUAGACAGCAACGAGGAGAGGGAGGAAUGGAUGCGAUCGAUCCAGGCAGUGGCAAAUAGCCUCAAGAGUCAGCAGCAGGAUGAGGAGCCCAUGGAGAUCAAAUUUGGCUCACCAAGUGACAGCAGUGGCACAGAGGAGAUGGAAAUUGCUGUGUCCAAAUCCCGCACAAAAGUGACAAUGAGUGAUUUUGACUACCUGAAGCUACUGGGAAAAGGGACAUUUGGCAAAGUGAUCCUGGUGAAGGAGAAGGCCACGGGGAUGUACUACGCCAUGAAAAUCCUCCGCAAAGAAGUCAUCAUUGCAAAGGAUGAGGUGGCACACACAGUUACAGAAAGCAGAGUUCUCCAAAAUACACGGCAUCCCUUUCUAACAACACUAAAAUAUGCAUUUCAAACGCAUGACCGGCUAUGCUUUGUUAUGGAGUAUGCAAAUGGAGGAGAACUCUUCUUUCACCUAUCGCGAGACAGAGUGUUCACAGAAGACAGAGCGAGAUUCUAUGGUGCAGAAAUAGUGUCAGCACUGGAGUACCUACACUCACGCAAUGUAGUUUACAGGGAUUUAAAGCUGGAGAACCUCAUGUUAGACAAGGACGGCCACAUAAAGAUAACAGACUUUGGGCUGUGUAAAGAGGGGAUCACAGAUGGUGCCACCAUGAAAACCUUCUGUGGGACCCCAGAGUACCUGGCACCAGAGGUGCUAGAGGACAAUGACUACGGACGAGCGGUGGACUGGUGGGGACUGGGCGUGGUCAUGUAUGAGAUGAUGUGUGGCCGUUUGCCCUUCUACAACCAGGACCACGAGCGUCUCUUUGAGCUGAUCCUCAUGGAGGAGAUUCGCUUCCCUAAGAACCUGGCUCCUGAAGCCAAGGCCCUGCUAGCCGGUCUGCUCAAAAAGGAUCCCAAACAAAGGCUCGGAGGCGGACCAGACGAUGCCAAAGAUGUGAUGAGCCACAAGUUCUUCACCUCCAUCAACUGGCAGGAUGUUAUUGAAAAAAAGCUCAUUCCACCCUUCAAGCCCCAGGUAACAUCAGAGACGGACACACGUUACUUUGAUGACGAGUUCACAGCACAAACCAUAACAAUAACUCCCCCUGACAAGUAUGACAGUUUAGAUGCGGAGGAUUCAGAUCAGCGCACGCACUUCCCUCAGUUCUCCUACUCUGCCAGCAUACGGGAAUGAUUACUCAGACUCUUGAACAAGCAGGCAGGCUUACACACGAUCACAAUCCCACAUAUACACUUGCACUGUUGGGGAAUUCGAACGACACCAACAAAAACUGGCACAAGACACAUUUUCAUUCGGUCUUUAAUGCACCUACAGACACACAUACACUGGCAAAUCAGACAAGACAGGGAUCAUAGAGUAUGAAAUUAACACACAGGCCGUGAAUGACUGACCUCAGCAGGUUUGUGUGCAUAGACUGGCAGCUUUGUCUCUGUACGUCCUCUCAGGGUUGGCUUUAGGCUUCCCUGCAGGACCUCUGCUGCACUACACUGGGUACCACAUCAAAGCCUUGACACUUUGAAAACCAGGUUAUGCCAGCAAGUACCACCUCUUUACCAGCUGUACCCGUGCUACACACACACACACACACACACACACACACACACACACACACACACACACACACACACACACACACACACACCAACUCAUGCAGAGACUGCGUAUAUAUACACAAACGUAUUUGAUAGAAUUUUAAAAAAUGUAAUCAAAAUUAGGAAAAUGGAAAAGAUUUGGGGAAAGAUAAAUUGUAAUUUCAUCGAUUGUUACGGUUUUAAAUGUAAAGCCAUAUUUCUGCAUUUUUUGUGAUUUUUGUUUUUCUUUUCUUUUUCUUUUUUUUUUUUUUUUUUUACAAGUGCUCUUUCUGGAACUUGCUGUUACAAAUCAAGUGUGAGACUGUUCUUACAGUAGGGGGAAAUGGGGAAUAGGGGGAGACGAGAAGGGUUGCCAUUUCUGUGUUUGCACUGCACGUGUGUAUAAGUGAAAGGGCGAGCCGAUGUGUGAACGUAUGCGUGUAUGCAUAUGAGUGCAGGAGAAUGUGUGAACAACCAUUUUGAUUCUCAACCAUCCAUUUGUGUCUGUUUUUAUGCAUGUUUUUAAACUCUGAACUAUUGCUGGAAUAUCGAAGAGAGGACACUACACGGCACUCAAUGGCCUUUUUUUAAAGGGAACAAGCGUGUAAUUUAUGAUUGUUGUGCCGCUAAAUUGACUCAGUCAGGAAUAGAAACUGGGAUCUCUUGCAUGGCUAACCUUUUGCUUUAAAAGCGGCAUUAAUUUAACCCAAAGUGAUGCAGCAGUCAGGCUCUUAGAGUCCCCUUCGCUGUGUCGAGACUGACUUACCGACCAACUAGCUCCUGGUUGGAGGUGUAAGAGUGAGUUUUCAUUAAGGGCAGUCGCGCUAUGUGUUAAAAGACAGUUAGAAUAGAAGGAAAGAGGAGAAUAGAGACUAGACGCUUGACCGCAGUUGUUCCCCAACCCGUCUAGAGAGACCAAUGUAGACGAACACAGCUAUUCGCUGUCCUCGAUCCAGUAAUUCUCACUCCCUAGCUGAAAAGUUAGGCACCAAUCUUCUGUUCAUUUUUUAUUUGUAAUAAAAAUUUGUAAUAUGUGUUUUAAGUUUUAAAAAUAUUUUUAAAAUAAGCCUUUGAGAGUUCCCUUAUUUAAAGAAUGAGAGUACAAUCGUUGUUAAGUCUUUUAUGAGGCCAAACAUUGACUGACAUGGUGGACGUUUAGCACUUCAAAUGAUUCCACAUUUGAUGUUUAGAACCUUGGCUUUGUGUUUUCUUUAAUGCUGUGUCGAGGCACUUAAAUCUACGUAGUUGUAUGUCUGGAGCAACAGUCUGCAGGUUUACAAUCCAACUAAAUGCUGCAUGAGCUGGUCGACCAACCUUCAACCUGCAGACAGGGGGAACUAAUCAAAACUUCAGCUGAUGUACUGUUAAGUUGAAAUGAAAAUCUGCAUGCUUUGAGUCAUGACGGCACAUGAUUGAGAGAAGUUCUGGGCAGCAUAUUGAAAAGUGCUCAUGUUGACAAGCAUUUUAUAUUCCAUAUUGCUGGAAGAUACGUUGGUUGCUCUUUGAGCUUCACUAAAGGAACAUCCGAGAUAUUUUUGUUUGUCAUUGAUUUGUUUUUGUUUGUUGAUUUUUCUCCUCUUUUUUUGUCCAUCUAUUUCUCAAAUUUUGGAAGACACAUUGUCUUGUUUAAGUAUACGUUAUAUUAAAUAUAUAUAUUAAAAGUUUUUAAACGGC